AUGGCGGGCUAUGACCCCCCACUGAGUCUUGCGGGAAGGAGAGCAAGCCUUUUAAACGGCGGCGAGGACUUGACCUUGGACACGAAGAACGGCGGUCCGGUGAUUAUAAAUCAGAGGAUGGACAAAAUGAUUCAGCAGCCCAGACCAAGGGGACCGCCUACGCCCAGCAUGAGCACUCCUGCCCCUGAUUUCGACCAGCAACUUACCGGAUCUCCUCCACCACCCCCUACACCUGCGGCAUCUCCAGGGCCGACCGAUGCGCAACCCGAUUGGAGUGAUGCUGCCGAUGAUGAGGACUUCUUCCUUGCCCAUGUGCGCCAGCACUUUAAGAAUUGCUCGGGGCCGCAGCGGAAUCGCAUUCUCGCCGAUCUAUUAAACAUGUGUACGACCCAGCAGCUCAGUUUCGUACAUCAAUUCGUGAGCCCAUUACUUAAAAAGGAUCCCUUCACCAGCCUGCCAGACGAAUUAUGCUUGCGGAUAUUAUCUUUCAUAGAUGACCCACAAGUACUUGCGCGAGCAUCACAGGUAUCAAGACGGUGGAGGGAUCUUUUGAGUGACGACGUGACGUGGAAGAAUCUCUGUGUUAAACAUGAUUAUGGUCGUCGGAUGUCUGAAGUUUCCUACGGAAUACCGACUCCCGCACAGAGUAGGCCUGGUGUUCUACCUCUGUCCGAUCCCGAAUAUACUCACAGUUUCCCUGGCGCUAUUCCAGGCCCAUCCACGCUCCACGCAGCGUCACGCAGCUUCGACAGCUUUUCAGAAAGUGCCUCAGCUGUUGGUCGACCCAAACUUCGAUCCUAUAAAUCUCACUUCAAGCAACGAUACCUGGUUGAAUCCGCGUGGAGGACCGGGGGACGCCAUACUACAAGAACUAUUGUCCAGGAUGGUAGGGUUGUUACUAGUCUACAUUUGACCCCAAAGUAUAUCGUUGUUGCUCUCGACAAUGCGAGAAUACACAUAUUCGAUCGGGAAGGCAAUGCCCUCCGCACUCUGCAAGGUCAUAUCAUGGGUGUUUGGGCUAUGGUCCCAUGGGAAGAUAUCUUGGUUAGCGGUGGAUGCGACCGCGACGUACGAGUCUGGGACAUGACUUCUGGGAGGUGCCUAUUUACUCUACGCGGCCAUACAUCGACUGUACGCUGCCUCAAGAUGUCAGACGCAAACACAGCAAUUUCCGGCUCGCGCGAUACGACGUUGAGAGUUUGGGAUAUCAGGCAAGGUGUUUGCCGAAAUGUGCUUGUUGGACAUCAAGCAAGUGUACGAUGUCUGGAGAUAAAAGGCGAUAUUGUGGUGUCUGGGAGCUACGACGCGACGGCCAAGAUAUGGAGUAUAUCUGAAGGCAGAUGUUUGCACACCCUCUCUGGCCACUUCAGUCAGAUAUAUGCCAUCGCAUUCGAUGGUCACAGGGUUGUUACCGGGAGCCUUGAUACUAGCGUACGAGUUUGGGACGCUCAUACCGGGGAGGCGAUUGCCGUUCUUCAGGGCCACACUUCCCUAGUGGGCCAAUUACAACUACGUGGAAACACGCUCGUCACAGGAGGUUCGGAUGGAUCUGUCAGGGUCUGGUCACUAGAAAAGAUGUGUCCGAUCCACCGGCUAGCGGCGCAUGACAACAGCGUCACCAGCCUUCAGUUCGACGAUACCCGUGUCGUGAGUGGUGGUAGCGAUGGUAGGGUAAAGGUCUGGGACGUCAAGACCGGCCAUCUUGUACGAGAAUUAAUCACGGCGGAGUCGGUCUGGAGAGUGGUCUUUGAGGACGAGAAAUGCGUUGCUGUUGCGAAUAGGGGAAGCAGAGUUAUGAUGGAGGUAUGGUCAUUCUCGCCCCCCGAGGACGCAUUCUGCGAAAGACCCCUUUCCAUGCCACAGAAGCUGGCCGAGCCAACACCAAAUCGACCUCUAACUGGCGAUUUUCGGCGCUCAGCUCUAGCUCUACCUGGCUCAGACGAAGAUCCUAGUGGUGGAGAUGUCGAUAUGAGCGACGCUGGACCAUCUACCGCGCCUCUGGUUGGAAAUACGACAUUCUUCCACGAUGACUAG